CUUUGCCAAGUCAAUUUGUUUUCAUACAGAAAUCACAACACAAAUAAACAACACAAAGUUUAAGAAUAAAUCUGAAAAGUUAACAAAAAAUUUCGAGUAAUUUUCUACAAAAAACAGAAACAGUGGACAAAUUUUUGUAGGAUGGCCGAUCCAGAGUUCGAUGAAUUCGAUGUAACUACCGCGCUACCAAUUGGUGGUGGCUCAAAUAAUAUUAAUUUAAAUAACGAACGCUUGGACUGCGAGCAUCUUGAUGAUAUCACCGAAAAAUGGGUUGAUCCAAAUAGGCCCGCUUUUAUUACAGUGCUUUUCCGAUUUUUUGGCAAUAUUUUUGUCGACGUCUUCAGGGCAGUUUUCUCCUAAGUAAAAAAUUCCUGUGAAAUUCCACAAAAAAACAACAUACUAUAACUCCUUUCAGUCUUAAUAAAUACACUCAUAACGAUGUA